AUGUUCCGUCCCGCCUCUAGAGCCCUCCUCCGCGCGCCGGCCGUCGCCCGUGGCCCGGCAAGCAGACGAUUGAUAAGCACCGCUCCCGCCGAGUCCAAAUCGAGGAGCUGGAAGAACACCGCUGUACGACUGGGAUUGGCCGCCGGCGCGAUCUACUACUAUAACACGAGCAAUGUGUUCGCGGAGAACCCAUCCUUCUCCCUCAACUCCCAGCUUAAGAAAACCUCCGCCGAAGAACCCCUUCCCACCCUCGACUCCAUCAAGCCCCGGAUCCGCGAAGAACGGGAAUCCGCUGCCCCCAAGCCCCAUGCCGAACAAGCCCCAGCACAAGAGCUCUCUCUCGGCGAGGGCGCCUUGAAGUCGCCCCAGGAGCUCGAAGAGGAGGCCGGCCAGGAAGCUGCCUUCAACCCCGAGACGGGCGAGAUCAACUGGGACUGUCCCUGCCUGGGUGGAAUGGCUCAUGGCCCUUGCGGAGAGGAGUUCAAGGCUGCGUUCAGCUGCUUCGUGUACUCUGAGGAGGAGCCUAAGGGCAUGGACUGCAUUGAGAAGUUUAAGGGCAUGCAAGAUUGUUUCCGCCAGUAUCCCGAGGUCUACGGCGCUGAGCUUGAGGACGAUGAGGAGGGUGCUCCUGCUCCCGCUCCCGAGGGCGAGGCCCAGAACGCUGCGCCCCUAGCCACCGAGGUUGAUGCGGCUUCGCAUCCCGAGGAGAAGCAUGCCCGCGCGAAGGAGACUACCGCCCAGGUGAAGUCAGAGCUCUCCGAGAAGGGCGAGCUCCCUGAGAGUGACGACUUGCUUCCCAAGGCUUCGCACGACUCGGAAAACAAGAACGAGACCCAGUCCGAGAAAUAA